AUGGCGGCCCUGGGACAGGAGGAAUAUCCAAGUUUAGCGACCCUGCUACAAGAUGUUUACCAAAGACGCAAGAAUUUGCUUCAAGUUGUGGAACUCCUAGGCCCUUCCCUCACCAGUACCGACACUGACAAGAGAUGUUCUGCCGUCCAGUUGUUGUCCUCUUUACUUCAAAAGCUUGUGAACUAUAAACUCACAGACAGAGAAGUUGAAUUGCUGUGUGAGUUUUAUUGUGAUCGACUGAAGGAUCAUUAUUCAAUCAUUCCUCAAGCCUUACUUGGGCUUCAAGCUUUGGCUUCACACCAGUCCAUGCCAGGGGAGAGGGCUGUUAUUUUGAUUCAGACUCUUUUUAAAGAAGUACAUACUCAGUCCCUAAUGCAGUCUGGACGCUACACAGUUUACAGUCUACUUGCUUCCCUUCUGGACAAAAACAUGAAAGAUCUCAAGCCUGUUGGAUCAGACUUAGUGUUUGGAUUUCUACAAGCAAUGGAUGGAGAAAAGGAUCCUCGUUUGUUUGCAGAGGAUCUUUUUGAGGUUACAUCAUGUUACUUUCCCAUAGAUUUCACUCCUGCUACAGAUGACCCAUACGGCUUAACCAAAGAUGACCUUGUGCUUGGUCUAAGAAGAUGUCUAGCAGCAACCAGCCAGUUCGCGCCAUCAACUUGUCUGGAAGAGUAUCCACCCCAACAAAUCAAGGAUUAUUUACAGCCGCUAUGGCAAGCCAUUAAAAGAGAGGUUUUCCAGACAGUGAGUUCUGAGCUGGAGGAUGCAGCACUUAAAGCCUUGUCCAGCAUCAUCAAGAACUUGGAGUCUUCUUCCCAGCCUGAUGUUGUGGAGUUUAAGACUCUGUUCUUGGAUUGUGUCAUCAAAGGUGAGACGGAAUUAAGCUUUGGUUAG